UACAUGCACACACAACGUGUUGUGGUAAAGCAUCAGUACCGGUUAUGAGGUUAAAGGAGAAGGUGGAGGCGUGGCUGAAGGAUCUAUUUGACAAAACAGAGAAAAGAGACAUGCACGCACAGACAAACGGUACCAAAAAGGGAACAAAGUACAGAUAGCUAUAAAAAUCAAGGAGGAAACAGAACUAGAGAAUAGAGUAGUAGACGGACACCACAGCUUUUGCAAGGAUGUGGAACGACACGGAUCUUCUGAGAAAUGACACCUUUUCUUGUGCAUCACCAUCUGUGGAGGGCUACCGUUAUUUCGGCGUCCUCUUAGGAUCGGCGGUGACCGUAGUAGGAACCAUAGGGAAUAUUUUGACAGUCCUCGCCUUUGCUACUGAUGCCAGCCUGAGGACACGUUUCAAUGUUCUUAUAGUAAACCUCGCCUUUGCUGACCUUCUAUACUGCACUGUGCUCCAACCGGUUAGCGUUGACUCGUACCUGCACCUGCACUGGAGAGGAGGAGCCAUCUGGUGCCGGAUGUUUGGAUUCCUUCUGUUUCUGUCCAACAGUGUGUCUAUUAUUACAUUAUGCCUCAUCGCUAUGAGCCGUUACUUGGUUGUUGCGCAUCGCACUUCUAGCUGCGCCCGUCUGCUCCUGUCCCACCGUGGAGUGGCAGGACUUCUCAUCACAUCCUGGCUCCUUGGUCUGGCCAGUUUCGCCCCACUUUGGCCCGUCUACGUGUUUGCCCCACAAGUGUGCACCUGCAGUUUUCACCGUACUAAAGGGCGGCCUUACACCACCGUUCUGCUCUUCUUGUACUUUUUCUUGGGUCUGGGUUGCGUAGGUCUUUUCUAUUUUCUGAUCUACCUUAAGGUGCGUGUAGCCGCUAAGGCUUUUCUGAAGUACAGGCCCAGUCGUCGCUCAUCAAAACGCAAGCGGGCCGAAGCCGAAGGGACGACAGAUGACAGUGGGAUCAUUGCUGAAGUUUCAACAACUCAAAGCUGUGAGAUCAGUAAUAGUGAGGCAGGAGCGGACCAGAAUAGUAACAAAGCGCAGGCGAAAUCUGAAGGCCCCAAAGCCACACAAGAACCCAAAAACUCCAUUCAAGUCGCCUCAGAAACGUCUUCUAAACCAACUCCUGUAACAAUCCAGAUCACUCCAACUGCCAACUCAGGAGAGGACAGUGAAUUUAAACGUGUGACUCGGAUGUGUUUCACAGUCUUCUUGUGUUUUGUUGGCUGCUUUGCACCUUUUCUGUUGCUGAAUGUCACUGAUAAGGGGAACCGUGCGCCACAGGUCCUUCAUAUGUUCUGUGCAAACCUCACUUGGUUAAAUAGUUGCAUUAACCCUUUGUUGUACGCAGCCAUGAACCGACAGUUUAACCAGGCCUACAAAGACCUACUACGUAAGGCUGUCCAUCCAUUAACCUGGAUAUGGAGAACCCGUCGGUUCACAAUAAGAUAAGCGAUCAUGAAGAAUGUUGUCCAGGUCAUUUCAAUCUGAAUAUGACUGAAAGCUACUGCUUUUUGGAGGAAUAGUUCACCUGAAAAUGAAAAUUCUGUCAUUAAUUACUCACCCUCAUGUCGUUCCAAACCUGUAAGACUUUUGUCUAAAAAUAAAAUUAUGGUUGAACCACUGAUGUCACAUGGAUUAUUCUCGGUACCUUUCUGAACCUUGAACGUGUCUACGGAGAGUCAGAAAGCUCUUGGAUUUCAUCAAAAAUAUCUUAAUUUGUGUUCUGAAGAUGAACGAAGGCCUUACGGGUUUGGAACGACACGAAGGUGAGUAACAAAUGACAGAAUUUUCAUUUUUGGGUGAACUAUCCCUUUAAGUGACCUUGUGGUUUAGAUGUUCAGUGACCACAUAUUUUGCAUGGAGCUGCACUCCAUUCAUUCUUUGGAGAACAUCACAUUCUCAGGUUUAUCUUCAUUCACCUCCAUCUAAAGCACAGUUAAAGCAAUACAACCAAAUCUAACUCAAAAUUGCAUGCUGUAUACAUUUUGUAUUGUGUUGUUUAAUUCACUUUCUAUAUUGCCAAAUAGCUUGUACUUCUUAAUUUAGCUCAUCUUUGACUAUCACGAUCCGUAGGCAUUUCUUUUUCAAGCAGUGGGAUUUUCCAGUUCUUUCAAAGAUCAGAAAGCAAAUGUGUCAUGUGGGGUUUUACUGCAAACACGCACAAACUUUCUCUGUUUCAUUUCCUCAUUUUUCUGAUUGCACAUAUGCAGUAAUUAUGCGUGCGGCCACAGGAAUGAUUCAUAAUGACAUGAUGAACAUUUUAACCUCAUACACAAGUGAGAAUGGGAGUUUAAAGCUGGGUAAUGGAGAAAACAAGAACAGACAUGCCUCAUUGCUUCAUUCAUUACCUCACAUGGGAAGCCACAAGAGUUUGUGAAGUCCUCUUUUGCUUGCUGUGGUGUUGUUUCCAUUUUUAUAUAUCUACUGUUUAUGCUGGACCUCCAGAAGUUGUAAAAUGUUAUUUUUUAUGAAGGAUUAUUUGCACAGUUCUUUAAAAUGUAGGUGGAUCUGUAAUGUGUGUAUAAAAUUGCACAUCAUAUUCUGCAAUUAAAAGAUUAUUCGAAAUGCUAACUUGUAACUUAUGUAUUAUAAUUUCUUUUCUGCAUUGCUUUUUUAAAUAAAGAAAUAACUUAAACUGUUAAGGUUGCGGCACAGAAAUUAUAUGCACUU